AUGACUGAUAAUAAACAUAUAUUAGCAAACUCUGCCAAAUGCCCUUUCAGCCCUAUGUCUGCGAAUGGCUGUUCCUCGCCAUCGACACAAUCUGAUGAUGGCGCUGAUCUUCUUUGGAGUCCACAAAUCAAUUCAGUCGAAUUGCGAAAUUACCAAACAAAUCAGACGACUCAAGUCACUGGACCGUUUUCAAAAACAUAUGGUGAUUGUCGUCAUCAUGUUUGUACAUCAACAUUCAUGGCACUUCCAGCACACAAUCAACAAAAGCAAUCGGCAUCGAAGAUGAUGAUCGAUGAAAUCGAACUUAAAUCACCCGAUUACAUUCGAAAAGAAGCAUAUGAUUACAUGGCCAUCUUUCACAAUGAAAAUAAAACAUCUGAUGCCGAUUAUGAAAGACGAUUACAGCAAAUCGAUUUGGAACUUGCACAAACUGGCACAUAUAAACAAACAAAAGAAGAACUAGAAUAUGGUUGUCAACUGUCAUGGAGAAAUGCAGGACGGUGCAUCAAUCGAUUAUUUUGGCGUUCACUUAUCAUCAUUGACUGUCGUCAUGUGAAAACAAAUGAUGAAAUGUUCAAGGAAAUCUGUGAUCACAUCCGUUUUGCAUACAAUGGAGGAACAUUACAAGCAUCAUCACUCGUCAUGAACCCACACNGCACAUAUAAACAAACAAAAGAAGAGCUAGAAUAUGGCUGUCAAUUGUCAUGGAGAAAUGCAGGGCGGUGCAUCAAUCGAUUAUUUUGGCGUUCACUUAUCAUCAUUGACUGUCGUCAUGUGAAAACAAAUGAUGAAAUGUUCAAGGAAAUCUGUGAUCACAUCCGUUUUGCAUACAAUGGAGGAACAUUACAAGCAUCAUCACUCGUCAUGAAUCCACACUCGCGACUUUGGUCAACCCAAUACUUUCGAUAUGCAUGCUAUGAACAACAAGAUGGAACGUUGUUGGGUGAUCCAAUGAAUCGUGAUUUAACAGCUGUAGCAAUGAAACUCGGAUGGAAUAGAGCAGAGAAUGAACGAACACAAUGGGAUUUCUUACCAAUAAUCGUUCAAGUUGAUCCUUGUCAGCCUCCGAGUUGGUAUGAAUUACCAGAUGAUCUGAAAUUAGAAGUUCUUCUCUCACACAGAGAUCCUAAAUAUGAUGCAGCAAUCAAACAAUUAGGUCUUCGGUGGGUUGCCCAGCCUUAUGUUGCUGAUAAGGCCAUUGAAAUCGGUGGUCUUCUAUAUCGAUGUGUUCCAUUCAGUGGUUGGUUUAUGGAAACUGAAAUUGGCAGAGAUCUCUGCGAUGUUCAACGAUAUAAUUUCAUUCCAAAACUUGCUAAACUGUUGAACCUUGAUGUGACAAGCGCUGCAAACAGUCAGUUAAACAUCGAUCGAAUCUAUGUGGAAAUCAAUGCUGCUGCUCUUUACUCUUUUGAAAAGGCCAAAAUUAGUAUUGUUGAUCAUCACACAGCUGCUGCAGGUUUUAUGAAAUUUUUCAAACAAGAAGUGGCACAACGAGGAAAUACACCAGGUGAUUGGGUUUGGCUUGUCCCUCCAAUUAGCGGUGGAAUGAGCAGUUUAUUUCAUCAAGAAAUGCUCAAUUAUAUUGUUAAACCGCGUAUCUUAGACCAACAUGAUCCUUGGAAAAAUUAUCAACCAUUUAUUCGACAAGAACAAACUCUGCUAAUGUCAUCAACAAAACGAGUUCGUCAUCGAUGGUUGCUCAUUCGAUCUGCUUGCGCUAUCAUUGGUUUUGCGUUGACAGCAAUGAAACAAAGAAUUUCAAUACAUGUUCUUUAUGCAUCAGCUAGUGGAACAGCACAAUCUUAUGCUGAGCAAAUGACAAAACGAUUGUUAAUCACUGGAUACAAUGCUAAACUCUCUGAGCUCGACUCAUUUCCAUUUCAACAACCACCACCACCAUCAACACCAACAUCAUCAGCUCGAUCAAUUGUUUUCAUCAUCACAUCCACAUUUGGACAAGGAAAUGCACCCGAAGGUGGACAAAAGCUUGAACAAUGGCUUCAAACUCAAUCUGAUAAGAACACAAAUGAUAACCGCACUCGAUUACGCCCGAAUCUUUCUGCUAGUUUUCAACAAAUCAACGCACGAGACGAAGUUUCGUUACAUUGGUGCUCGUAUGCAGUGUGUGCAAUUGGAUCAUCAGCUUAUCCAUUCUUUUGUGGUUUUGGCAAAUUAGUUGAUCGAACAUUUCAAUUAUUGGGUGCACAACGCUUAGCUCCCAUGGCGACAUGUGAUGCAUUGAAUCAACAGUACAAAAGCUACAAUGAAUGGGAAGAAAACACAAUUGAAACAUUGAAGAAGGCUUAUCCGCAUGUUCGUUUGCGUCGAACAGCAGUGAAACCUACCCCAGUCCAACGUCCUGUUUCUCUCGUCAAUUCAAAUGAAUAUACUGAUCGACAAGUCNGAACAUUUCAAUUAUUGGGUGCACAACGCUUAGCUCCCAUGGCGACAUGUGAUGCAUUGAAUCAACAGUACAAAAGCUACAAUGAAUGGGAAGAAAACACAAUUGAAACAUUGAAGAAGGCCUAUCCACAUGUUCGUUUGCGUCGAACAGCUGGACAAUCUACUCCAAUCCAACGUCCUGUUUCUCUCGUCAAUUCAAAUGAAUAUACUGAUCGACAAGUCAGUCUUAAUGUAUCGGUUCGACCAACUUUUAUUCCAUUGACUUUUGAUUCAAAUGCCGAAAUGAAAAUUCUAUCACAACAAACAGGACCUUUCACGAAAGAAAAUCCAUUUUAUGCAACAGUUUUACAAAACAUCGAACUCACUGGUGCACACAACAAUUUUGAUGGAUCUUCAACUCAACAAGAACAACCACAACCGGUGCUAGGAAAUGAAAGUCCCCGACAACGAAAAAGAAUUCCUAUCCCUUCUGCAUUCGCUGGUACGAAUGAUGAUGAACAUCAUUCGGUGCGUUUGAUCGUAUUUGAUGCUCCGGAUCUAUCUCAUCUGCCUGGUGAUCAUGUUUGUAUUCUACCAGAAAAUACAGUUGCCAAUGUCAAUGGCGUGAUUAUUGCAUGUGGAUGGCAAACAGGAAAUGAAUUGUUGAAUAAACCAUGCUCCUUGGCAGGUUAUACUCAGAAUAAGUAUCAGACGCUUCGUCAAAUCUUAACGAAUUAUGUUGAUUUAACUACACCAUUACGACCACAUGUUUUGAACAUUCUUGCGACUUAUGCAACAGAUUCACGCCAACAACGAGAAAUUUUAGAACUGGGAAAAGGUGCUCAACGGUACACAGAUUGGCUGAUCAAUGAACCCACCGUGAAAGAAACUUUGGAACAGUUUCCAUCAGUGCAAAUGGAUCUUGGAGAACUCAUUCAAUUGCUGCCACAACUUCAACCACGAUAUUAUUCGAUCUCGUCAUCAAGUCGUUUUCAUCCAAAUCAAAUCCAUAUUAGUUUCAGUGUUGUCUCCUAUGUGACACCACGUGGGGUUGUUCGAAAAGGUGUUUGUACAAACUAUUUACAACAAACAUUGCCAAAACUGUCAGAAAAUGGACAACCCAUUGUAACUUUAUGGAAACGUGAACCAAGUCGAGUGAGAUUAUUUAUUUCACCCAAUCCACAUUUUCGAUUACCUGGCCAAGACAUUUUGUCAUCGAGUUUGCCAUUAACAAAGAACGCUGGAGGCGAUGCAUACCUCCCACUGAAUUGUCCACUGUUGAUGUUUGCGGUGGGCUCAGGCAUUGCACCAUUUCGAGCAUUUUGGCAAGAAUUACAAGUUCUUGAACGUCGACUAGGAAGUGUACAAGUAGAACGUGUCCUAUUUAUGGGUUGUCGUACACCGAAUGACUUCGUAUAUGCGAUGGAACUUCGAGAGCUAACCAGCAAAACUAGUAGACAUGACAAACUUUUCACAGCUGUCAUUCCUGUUUAUUCACGAGAAAAAAUGGGUGUUAAACGAUACAUUCAAGAUGCAAUGUUAACUUAUGAAGAUAUGAUUUAUUCAUUAUUAAAUCAAGAAAAUGCAUUCAUCUACAUGUGUGGAUCGGUUCGUUCAUGUCAAGGUAUUGAAUCAGCUUUGGCAUCGAUUGUACAAUCAUGCAAUGAGUAUGAUUUAACAUUGACCCAGGCGAAUAAUAUUAUCAAACAGUACAAAGAAGAUGGCAGAAUCAAACAAGAUAUGUUUGGUUAA